AUGGCCUGCGCCGCGGCGCGGUCCCAGGCCGACCAGGACAGGUUUGUUUGUAUUUACCCUGCUUAUUUAAAUAACAAGAAGACCAUCGCGGAGGGCAGGCGAAUCCCCAUCAGUAAGGCUGUUGAAAAUCCUACAGCUACAGAGAUUCAAGAUGUGUGCUCAGCAGUUGGACUUAAUGCAUUUCUUGAGAAAAACAAAAUGUACUCCCGAGAAUGGAAUCGUGAUGCUCAGUACAGGGGCAGAGUCCGGAUUCAACUCAAACAGGAAGAUGGCAGCCUCUGUCUUACACAGUUCCCAUCACGUAAGUCAGUAAUGUUGUAUGCAGCAGAAAUGAUUCCUAAACUAAAAACAAGGACACAAAAAACAGGAGGUAGUGACCAAACUCUUCAGCAAGGAGAGGGAAGUAAAAAAGGGAAAGGAAAGAAGAAGAAGUGA